AAUUUCUAGUAAUUUUCCUAAGUAUACUUCACGACGUAAAAUCAGACUCGACCUCAAUACGAGAGUCGAGAAGUCUUACAUUGACGGACUUACAUCGAGUAAUGCAAAUGCUGCGCGGCAACAAACAUGGCUGACGAAAUUGCAGGAUUUCCAAAGUUGAAGGUCGAUGACUUGAAAAGAGAGCUUCAAAAGAGAGGUUUGCCAGUCAAAGGCACCAAGGCAGAACUUCAAGAAAGAUUGCUAGAGUAUCUUAAAAAAGAUGUAGCACUGGAUUCUGAGGAACAUAAUGACAAGAGUGAAGAUGGAAGUGAUGAUAAAAAUGACAGUGAUGUGGAUAACAAUGAGCUAGAGCAUUCUGUUGAAGAGGAAGAAGAUCUUGAUGUUGCCACUGUGCAAGAACUUGAUGAUGUCCUUGAGGUGAAAGUACCAGAAGUUGAAAUCAAGGAUGUGCAGCCAAAAGAAAAUACUUCAGAUCAGAAGAAUGAAGCAGUGAAACCCGCAGUUGUAAAAAAGAAUAUUCCACAGACAGAAGAGGAGAAAAGAACAGCUAGAGGAAAAAGAUUUGGUGAGAUUUCAAAUGAAGUGGACAAGAAAAAACUGAGGGCUGAAAGGUUUCAAGCAGGUGGCGCUGAAGAGGUUGUUUUUAAAGGGAAGCACAUUGCUGGAGAUGAGCUGGAAAAGCUUAAGAAAAGAGCUAACCGUUUUGGCGCUGUGUCACCCGUCAUAGAAAAGCUUGGUGAGAAUGAACGAAAAGUUAAAAGGCAGCAAAGGUUUGGUAUUGUAACGAGUGUUUCCACAGUGCCAUCCAAAGACAAUCUUGAUGCAAGAAAAAAGAAGAGAAUGGAGCGAUUUGGAAAUGUGUAAUAUACUUACGUAUAUAUGGACGUAUCAAAUGUGGCGAUUUUGGAAUACUUUUCAGUAGCCUAAAGUGGCCUAAAGACACCAUUUGUUAUAAUGGUCUAGUUGCACAAAUUUUGACUGCCUUCAUGGAAACCAUGAACUGUAACUAUUACGUAACUGCAUUCAGUCUUGUUUUGCCCUUAGCAAAGGUACCUAACUCUGGAGAAUUUUGUAUUGAAUGAGAUAACGAUUUUCUUAUGUUCUUAUUAAAAUUAACUCCAAAUUGUGUGGAAAAUAAGCUUAGAUUUCCUUGUUACACCUUACUCUACUUUCAAUUGUCAUGUCUAAAGCUCGUGCCUUUUAUUUUCUAUUUGGAAUGAGGUUUAGAUUGUUUCAUAAGUUAUCAAGAUCAUUAUCGAUCGCUAGUUCUUUUAUACCCCCUUUCUUUCUUAGCUACUGCUUGCAGCACUUGCUUUUUUUCUAGUUUUCAUUAUGAUAUAUCUAAGUCCAUUUUUAAUUAAAUGAGUUUUAUGGUAAGAUUAUUCAUCAAAGCA